AUGAAUAAUGAUGCCUUCUGCCUUUAUUCUCACUCUCUCUUUCUCUUUCUCGUGUGGCAUCUCUUGUUCUUUCUCUCUUUCUCUCUCUCUCUCUCUUUCUCUCCUCUCUCUCUCUCUCUCUCACUCUCGUAUUCUCACUCUCGCUUUCUCUCUCAUGUGGCAUCUCCUGUUCUCUCUCUUCUCUCUCUCUCUCUCUCUCUCUCUCUCUCUCUCUCGUUCUCCCUUUCUUUCUCCUGUUCACUCUCUCUCUCUCUCUCCCUCUUGGAGCGUCUUUCAUACACUUUCUCUUUUGAGAAGCUUCCUUUAUUCUCACUCUCUCUUUCCCUCUCUCAUGAGGCAUCUUCUGUUCUCUCUCUCUCUCUCUCUCUCUCUCUCUCUUUGUCGUGUAGCAUUUUUCAUACUCUUUCUCUUUUUGGCAGUUUCCUUUCUUCUCAAUCUCCUGUUUUUCAUAAAUGA